AUGGAGCAAUUUUUAUCCGAAUUAGUUUCAUUCAAUAGAAUGCAUAUUGCAUUCACUAAUAAUGAUGAUCGUUUCAUCAUGCUUGGCUUGCUUACCAUUGUAACAUCGCUGUUGACAUUAUUUGCUUUAUUGGUGACAGUCACAAUGAUACAACGAAAGACAAAUCUAACGCAACUGGAAGUGAAAUUACGUGCCGAUUUAUUUAAGAGAAAAUCUUCUGCUUUAUGGAUUGAAAUAAGGCAUGCUAAACAAACAACUGGCCAUAGCACGCGUUUUGUAAGACAAACUAAUAUGUUUAUUGAAACAAUCGAGCGAUGUAGUAAAUGUAUGCGUCUGAUGUGUCCGAUGGGUGAACCUGGACUUGUUGGACCACCAGGAAUUGAUGGGGUUCCGGGUACACCUGGAAAAAUGGGACUACCUGGUACUGAUGGCGAAGAUAUCAUGGCUGAACAGCUAUCAUUUGAUCUCCCAUGUUCUAUUUGUCCUGCCGGACCACCUGGUUUACGUGGUCCACAAGGAGAACGUGGCCGAUUAGGUCUUCCAGGUUCUCCUGGUCCUUUAGGUCGGCCUGGUAAACCGGGUGAAGAUGGGCUACUUGGAAACAUUGGGCCACAAGGGCCAAUUGGAAAAGAAGGACCAAUUGGACCUCCAGGAGUAGCUGGUGAUGACUCUUUCGCUGGUGUUGGUGCGAAAGGACCAAAAGGUUUACCUGGACCUAUAGGUUCUAAAGGGCCACAAGGUAUGCCAGGUCGACGAUCCAAUAUUCCUGGCAAACAGGGAGAGCAAGGAUUGAUCGGUUCACCGGGAUUACAGGGAAAUACUGGUCCAUACGGUGAGAUAGGACCGUGGGGUCCAUCGGGAGAAGCUGGAAUGCCGGCAAUGUAUUGUCCAUCAGAUUGCGGAGUCUCGAAGAUCCUUGCACCAUUUUCAAUUGGUUUUCCUAUUGAUUUCAGUGAUUCUUCCGAUAUCUACACUUCUAAUUUAGAUUCUUCAUAA